AUGCCCAAUAUCAACUUGCCAACGAGCCAAACUCACAGAUCGAAGACAGCCAAGCGAGCUGCAGGAGACAUGUACAGGAUGUAUCCUAUAGCCGGGUACCUCCCCCCUCCCCCCUCUGUCCGAGCCGUCGUCCCUCGAAGCGCCCGCGGUCAGUCUAAGCGGAGGGGGCAGCCGACGGACCAAACCAGCUUCUCCUCCUCAAAGAACAGCCAGAGGACCAGUGAAGAGCGACGACUGCAGGCCAUAAAGAGAGAGCUGACGCAGAUCAAACACAGGGGAUACCUGCUGGAGAGCCUGGAGCGCAUGGAGAAGGACCACGGCAAAGAAAGUCAGGUGAGGAUCAGUGAGGGGGAGGAGGUGAAGGACAGGAGGGAGGAGGAAGAGGAGGAGGAGGAGGAGGAGGAAGAGACGAGAGGAGAUGAAGAGGAAGAGGAGGAGAUGAAAAGCAGAGGGCAGGAUGAGGACGAGGAGGAGGAGGAGGAGGAGGAGGAAGGAGAGGACGACGGGGACAGCGCCAACGGAGACGACUCCUAAACACUACACAGUCAGACCGACACACACACACACACACACACGUAUACAAAACUAAGUGUGUGUGAUUACAUUUCUUUCACCUGACUCAAACGCAGUGGCUACACGCUCACAUGUGCUGAGCUGACUGGACAUUUGUGUCGAUCAUUGAAGAUAUCUAACACUGGAAACAUUUCACCAAUCUAUGACGUACGUUUUGAAAGGAUUUUCCUGUUUUUUUUCUUCAGUAUUCAUAAUUCAAUAUCCCCCUCCUUUUUUUAAAAAUGUUGUUUUUGUUGUUGUUGUAUUUGAUGUUUUGCUUGGAUAUUUUUGGCCUCUGGAGAAAUAUAAUGUCUUGUCUGUUACGAAAAGAUAAACCCCAAAUUGAGUGGAGAAUAAAG